AUGUGCUUUGGGAGGUGUGGUAGAUACAUAGGGCACCAGCUGCUCAUUCUUGCUGUGCUCUGCAUUGUGGCAAAUGUUUUGCUUUAUUUUCCCAAUGGUGAAACAAGAUUUGCUGCACAUAACCUUCUCGGCAAAUAUGUGGGUUGUCUUCAUGGCAUUAUAGGAGGAGGUCUUUUGGUUUUGGUCCCAGCGUUCAUCAUUAUUGGAUUAGAAUAUGACCAUUGCCACGGCUGCUUUGCCCAUGAGCACUAUGGGAGAAAUUGCACACCACUGCUAGUAGUCGUAGCAGCCUGUAUUGGCAUUGCUGGUGCUGGAUACUGCUUCAUCAUUUGCUGUUUGGCCUUGUCCCAGGGCCCUUACUGUUUUUGCUGGACUGAGAGGAUCUGGUGCUAUCCAUUCUCUAACUCCUAUGGAGGGUACCUGCUUGAGCACAGCAACUGGUCUAUGUGUCGGGAGCCGAGGUAUAUUAUUCAAUGGAAUGUGACUCUUUUUUCCAUCCUGCUUAUCCUGAGUGGGAUUGAAUUGAUUCUGUGCACCAUCCAAGUAAUACACGGCUGUCUUGGAGGUGCCUGGGCCAUGUGUCAUAGUCACAGAGAGAAAAACCCUUGUUAGAUUUUUUGGACUUGACAGUCAUUUGAGAACAUCUUAU